CGGGGGCGGGCCCUGGUGGGGGCAGGGCCUGCGAGGGGGGCGGGGCCAGGGGAGGGAUCCGCGGUGCUGCGGCUGCAGGAGCCUCUGUCCGCCAGAGGAGCGCCAUGGCUGACCAGCUCACUGAGGAGCAGAUUGCAGAGUUCAAGGAGGCGUUCUCACUCUUCGACAAGGAUGGGGAUGGCACCAUCACCACCAAGGAGCUGGGCACUGUCAUGCGCUCACUGGGCCAGAACCCUACUGAGGCUGAGCUGCAGGACAUGAUCAACGAGGUGGAUGCUGAUGGUAACGGCACCAUCGACUUCCCUGAGUUCCUCACCAUGAUGGUGAGGAAGAUGAAGGACACGGAUAGCGAGGAGGAGAUCCGUGAGGCUUUCCGCGUCUUUGACAAGGACGGGAAUGGGUACAUCAGCGCGGCGGAGCUGCGGCACGUGAUGACCAACCUGGGGGAGAAGCUGACGGAUGAGGAAGUGGACGAGAUGAUCCGAGAGGCUGACAUCGAUGGUGAUGGGCAGGUCAACUAUGAGGAGUUCGUGCAGAUGAUGACAGCGAAGUGAGGGGGCAUGAGGCCACCGGGAACCCCCGUGCUGCCACCGCCUGUCCCUGCCACCAAGAGGUCCCCGGGUCCCCCCUGCACCCCAAACCCACCAUUCGGGGGCACCCAUGGGGGUGCUGGGAGGGGGAAUCCCACCAGGACAGAGGGACCCCAAACCUUCCAUAGGGGCUUUGGGGGAGGUUAUGGGGGGACCUCAUUUCCUCAUAGAGGGUUUGGAGGGGUCCAGGGCAGAUUCAGGGUCACCCUCCACAGCAGGACCCCCUUUGCCGCAGGAGAGUGUUUUGGGGCAUUUCAGUGGGAUUUGGGGUCUCAGGAGUGUUGGGAUCCCUGGGUGUGGGGAACUGGGUCCAGGCCCUGGUUUGGGGGCAUUUGAGGCCCUUUUUUGGGGGGGGGCACACCAUGCUCCGGUUUUGGGCAUUUGGGGAGAAUUUUGGGCCUUGGUGGGAGUGGGACCAGGGUCUGGUUUUGGUGCAUUUUGGGGGAGAAGUGGGGGGGCUACAGGCCCCCCGCUCCCCUGUCUGGGCGCUGUUGCGGGUGGCCAAAGCUGUGAAAUAAACCACUGGUUUUACAGUU